CCUGACAGCUCAGCUCAGCCAACUCGUCAUCACAUUUUGUUAAUUGUCGUCAAUCCUCCUGCUGUCGUCGUCACCGUCGUCAUCCCUCCCGUCCCACUUGAUAAGAAGACAGAUAAGUGAGUGACGAGCGAGCGAAAAGUUUCCAAGCCUCGUCGUCUCAUCCCACUUGAUAAGAAGACAGAUAAGUGACUAGCGAACAGUUUGCCAAAUCGUGUGGGGGUCGGGUUUUAUGUGAAUUUUUGCACGUUUUUUUUCCCUCGUGUUGAAUGAAUUAUUAAUCUUCUUGCCUGUGUUUGUUAUCUGGUUGAGGUUGCAAAAUCCGCUUUUCGUCACGUCACUUUUACAUUAAAAUUGCGAGGAGAAGAAAAUAGUUCCAAGUUUUUUUUACCACCCCGUUUGACAUUCCAACUUCGAGAUGAAGAGUUCCGAGUCGUCCAGCAUCGGGAACAUGAAGGCGUUAAUUCUUGUGGGUGGGUACGGGACACGUCUCCGACCUUUGACCCUCUUCCGACCCAAGCCCCUCGUCGAAUUUGCCAACAAACCGAUCCUCGUCCAUCAGCUGGACGCUUUGGUGGCGGCGGGCGUGACGCAGGUCGUCCUCGCCGUGUCCUACCGCGCCCAAGAGAUGGAACAAGAACUCAGCUCGUACGCGGAAAAGGUCGGAAUCACUCUGAUAUUUUCGCACGAGACGGAACCCCUCGGGACCGCGGGACCUUUAGCGCUCGCCCGGGAGAUCCUGUCCUCCAAUCCGGAACCCUUUUUCGUACUGAAUGCCGACAUCACGUGCGAGUUUCCGUUCAAGGAGAUGGUCCAGUUCCACAAGGGGCACGGGAAGGAGGGCACCAUCGUCGUGACGAGGGUGGAGGAGCCGUCGAAAUAUGGCGUCGUCGUCUGCGCCGAGGACGGAAUGAUUCAACGCUUCGUCGAAAAACCACAAGAAUUCGUGUCCAAUAAGAUCAAUGCGGGGAUGUAUAUUUUCAAUCCCUCCAUUUUGGACAGGAUUGAGGUGAAGCCGACCUCGAUCGAGAAGGAGAUCUUCCCUGCGAUGGCGGACUCUGGGAACUUGUACGCCUUCGAGCUGCAAGGCUACUGGAUGGACAUCGGCCAGCCCAAAGACUUCCUCGUCGGCAUGUGCCUCCACCUCACCUCCCUCAAAGCAAAGGGCGCAAAACUCGCUACCGGCGACGGCAUCGUCGGCAACGUCCUCGUCGACCCUACCGCAAAGAUCGGGCCGAACUGUCGGAUCGGUCCGAACGUGACGAUCGGACCAGACGUGAUAAUCGAGGAGGGCGUUUGCAUCAAGAGAUCAACAAUUAUGAAGGGGUCCAAAAUCAAGUCACAUUCUUGGCUCGAUUCCUCCAUCGUUGGUUGGAACUGCGUGAUCGGGAAGUGGGUGCGGAUGGAGAACGUGACGGUGUUGGGGGAGGACGUCAUCGUGUCGGACGAGGUGUACAUCAACGGCGGAAAAGUCCUCCCACACAAAGCCAUCUCUGCCUCCGUCCCAGAACCACAAAUCAUCAUGUGACCACACCCCCACCAAAUUCUUCUCCAGCAAAGUAUUCUCGUCUCUUCUUCCAAACAGAAAUUCACUCCACGUAUUUAUUUACUACGUUUGACUUUACUCCUCUCUUCUGCCGGGUCAAAAAUAUAUCGACACCGUUCACGUCAGCUUUCUUCGUAACCUUAUAAACUUACCAAAAAACUUUUGACCAACUUCUAGGGUAAUUUUUGUCUACGAUUUUACUAAAAAAAGUUAGCUACAGAUAAAACCCAUGUUUUUCCCUGCAGAUCUUAGAAUUAGAAAACUUUACGGGGUUACGAAAGCUGACGUGAAUUGGCUCAAUAAUUUAAAAAAUGCACCAAAGAAAAAAAAAUAAGAGAAG